AUGAACCCAGUAAUAGACAUCGCUCCAGGGCAGAACCACAUAGCACUACGACGUCAUGGAGUCACUUACUAUGUUCCAGAAGUAUUUCACCACGCCCCUACUAUAAACGUAACAGUGCCUAUUCUCACUAAAGAUAUCGAGAACAGUGUCAAACUAAGCUCGAUUUAUGGUGGAGGUGCGCGUAAUAUCCAUCUGACGAUGAUGAUCCAUAACUAUCCCAUUAAUAGAGUAAAAAUUGUAGGAAGGAUUACUGGCAGCAGAUACAUUGAAAAGUCUGAUGGUACUGACGAUCUGCGUAACUUCACCUUGUUCACUAUAGACGACUCGUCGCUGGCCAAACAACUGUCGAUAAACGUCAAAGUCUUCCAGAAAAAAUGUGUAGAAUUGUCGUUAACUUACGACAGCAAUUGGUAUGCUAAAAUUGUUGAAGUGGAGGGGCCCAUUCUGUACUGGAAAAGAUACGGAUAUCAAAUAGAUGCCGAUGUUGUCAAAGUGGUAGGACAACCGUCAGAUAUCCAUUUAGAACUAGCCUUUUGGUCUGAAGCGCUCGCAUACAGAAACAAUAUGUUUCAAUAUCCCUGGGUAUAUAUGCCACCAAAUCACCAAGAAGCCACUUUUGCUCUUCCUCAAAGGUUUGAAUAUUGCGAGUUGGAACGUCGAAACGCACGGAAAGAAUUGUGUGUAACAGAGAGUUUGGAUUUGCCAACGUUUAAUGGCGAAGACAGCAUGUUGAUCCACAAAAAGAUGACCCACUCCUCUGACCGCAAGGAAUUCAUUGAAAUAGAUGGAGUAGUAAUAAUUGAUGACGAUCAACUGAUAUCUCCACGAGAGGUAAUGGAUAUCGAUAGCGACGAGAUAGAAAUAGUCAAGGUUCACGAGAACCCAAUGCCAAUUGUAUCACAGUUUCAACUAAUGAUGGAGAUGGUAAAGUACAUAAUUGGACGACUGUUCCAGACUUUCAAGCUCUAUAAGUUAUUCAAAGACAACAACAUAAGCAGUUUGUUGGAUCAGCUAACUGAACUUGAGUUAGCGUCUUCGCCCUUGGCAACCUUAGAAAGUGUGAACGAUGUCAAAUCAAGGAGGAGAAUAAUAUUUCAUAAAGUGCGACACAAGCUUCAAGUGGACUUCCUUUUGAUCAAAGUCUCCAGAUCUCAAAAUGUGCAUCUGAAAAAUCUCAAGCUUCUUUUUUAUGAUAUAGAUGAUACUCUAAGAGCCAUAAAAGAAGAAUCAAUUCAUAACUACCGCUCUCAGCCACUAGACGUGGCACAAUAUACUCACAACUUCGCAACCAGCAAAAAUCUUGGAGACAUCAGCCAGGAGUUGGUUAACGGAAUAAUCUCGAUUAUACUUUCCAACUAUCUCCAUGAAGAUAAUAAUUGGAAAUAUAAUCGUCGACUUGCUCAGUGGACGUAUAUAAAUUUGCAUCGAGAAUUGUAA